UAUGACAGAUUCAGAUUCGUAGGGUUCGUUUUUUACAGCCGUGGUAAGGGAAGGCGAAUAAAAGAUGUACUUUCACUUGGAUCAGUGCAAGGCAUUUGUUUCUGGAGACUGAAAGCAGUUCACUACAGGCAUGGCGGCCGAUGUCCACAAUAAGAAGGUGGCCUGGGAGACGCAGAAUGGGAGCUUGGCUCCAGUGGGCAAACUCCGCGCAGAGAGAUCAGACAGUCCCACUCCUGGACUUGUAGAGGGAACAGAGCCAGGUGCAGGACAAGACGAUGCCAUGUUUGUCCACACGCGCUCUUUUGAGGACCUUACUGCCGACGGCGAAGAAGGCGAGGACACGGACCCUUCGGGGCCCGCUUCUGGGCUCGGGACCCCACUGGGGGACCGGGAGCAGCCGGAGGCAGAGCCGGUGGGCCCCGAGGAGGAGCAGGCCCCGGAGGCCCCAGCUGGCGGGAGGGCAGAGGAGGAGGACGUGACCAGCGAGGCGUGGCGCGGGCGGCGGAAGCACGUCUUCGUGCUGAGCGAGGCAGGAAAGCCCAUCUACUCCCGCUACGGCACGGAGGAGGCACUGUCGAGUACCAUGGGGGUGAUGAUGGCUCUGGUGUCCUUUGUGGAAGCUGGGAAGAACGUCAUCAGGUCCAUCCAUGCUGACGGCUACAAGGUGGUCUUCCUGCGUAAGAGCCCCCUGGUGCUGGUGGGGGUGGCGCACACUCGACAGUCAGAGAGGGAGCUGACCAGAGAGCUGCUCUACAUCUACUACCAGAUCGUCAGCCUGCUCACCCUCACGCAGCUCAACCAUAUCUUCCAGCGCAAGCAGAACUACGACCUGCGGCGGCUGCUGGCUGGCUCCGAGCAUCUCACCGACAACCUUCUCAAGCUCCUGGACCGGGAUCCCGGACUUCUGCUGUGCGCCGUCUCUUGCCUCCCCCUCCCCAGUUCCACCCGCGAUGUCAUCUCCUCCAGCCUGCAGGCCGCCAAAUCCAAAAGCCUGGUCUUCUCCAUUCUGCUCGCUGGGAACCAGUUAGUGACGCUGGUGCGAAAGAAGGACCAGUAUCUUCACCACAUGGACCUCCACCUGCUCUUCAACCUGGUGGGUUCCUCCAGCUCUUUCCGUGAGGGGGAGGGCUGGACCCCUAUCUGCCUGCCCAAGUUCAACACUGCUGGGUUCUUCCACGCCCAUAUCUCCUACCUGGAGCCAGCCUCUGACCUCUGCCUCAUCCUGGUUUCCACUGACCGUGAGGACUUCUUCAACCUGUCUGACUGCAAGCAGCGCUUUCUGGAGCGACUCCGCCGUCGCAGUGCCUACCCGGCCCUGCAGGAGGCGACCCGGUCCCCCAGCUAUCCCGUCUCCCAGGUGGGCAUUCCAGAACUCAGGCACUUCGUCUACAAGUCCAAGAGCUCUGGGCUGUACACCAGCCCCGAACUCCCUGCACCAUACCAAACUGAGGAAGAGCAGGAGAGGCUGAUGGGUCUAUACCAGUACCUGCACAGCCGAGUGCAUCACACCACACGCCCACUGCGCUCCAUCUACCACUGUGGGGAGAGGGAGAACCUGCUGGCCUGGGUGACCAGCGGCUUUGAGCUCUACCUCUGUUUCAGUCCAUUGGGGACCAAAGCACAAGCUGUGAUGGCUAUUAACAAGCUGCUGAAGUGGAUUCGAAAGGAGGAGGACCGUCUCUUCAUUCUCAGUCCACAGACAUACUGACCUUCCAGCCUGCUGAAGGCUCGCUACUCACAUGGACUAACUAUCAGACUGUGUAUAGAAAGUUGUAGAUGUCACGUAUUCUCAAUAAUGCAAUAUUAGCAGCUAAUACUACUACAAAUUACUAAAAUAUAGUGGGAACAAAAAUGUGUGACCUUCAGUGUUAAAAUUAGAUUCUAGGUUUUUAUUGAAUACUUUACGAUAAUAGAUAUUUAAAUAAUUCAGGAUAAUUGUUUUCACCUAUAGAUUUUUCAGUUCGCCAUGGCAUAUCAAGCCAUAGAGAUACUUUCCAUGAUCUACAGAACCAAAAAAAUAUAUUUUGAUUUUGUUCUUUUGAUUUUACAGAUAACACAAUGUGAUCUGUAAUGCUUCCAAUAUUAAAACUAGAAAUCAAGGCACUUUUGCCCUACAAGCACUACAAUAGUCUUUGCCGCAUGACAUUUUUGACUUGAAAAGCAGGAUCUGAGUGCAUAGUUCUUUUUAGCAAAGUGUUUUAGAAGGUAAAAUGCUUCCUAUAUUUAAAUACUGAAAAAGGCACUUAUGACAAAGGUCUUUAACAAGAGGUGCCAAGUGCGUUACCAGUUUUAAAAGAACGGUAGUAUACUACAAGCAGGAUUAUUUUGGGAAUUUUAUUUAACUUUGUUCUAAACAUACAAAGAACAAGAUGUAACACAAAAGCAAAGGCAGUAUUUUAUCUAACCGAGGCAUUUCCAUCCAGUGAAUGUAGCUAUUAAUGAUGAGUAUUGAACCAGUACACUGGUUGGAUGCUAAUUCUUAGGGAAUUUAUCUUAGGCCACAUAUUAAGUUCAUGACCUUCCGACUGUGAUUAAAUUCUUUCUGGAUUUAACUUUUUUAUUUUUCUUUACAUCAGGGCAAUUAGGUUCUUAACUGGGACUAUUUUUUGGCUAUCUUCAACGAUGGCUUACUUGAGGGUACACUUCGCUGACAGGCUCCAAAGUGAAAGGAGAGUCAUAAGUGAUAAAGAAUGCAUCAGGAUAGAGACCCUAGGCUUCUGCUUUGUGCAAAAGUAGCUGAGGGAAGAGAUACUAAAGAAGGGAACAUAACAGUUAGAUUACAUUAAAUUCCCUUCCUUUGGAAUCCCUUGAAAAAUCUGUUAAAACAUUCAGUCAUGGUUUUAAAAGCAAUAUGCAGAUAUUUUCAUGACCUACAUAGACUUACUAUAAGUCUGGAAAUAUAAUCAGGUUAACUUUUUUUAUUUUGUAUGUGGUUUAAAACACUUGUAGAGCUAACAGAUUCCAUGUGCUAGUUUUAAAAUUUAAUGUUUUUACUUGAAGACAUGAUUAAUUACUUUCCUUUCACAUUUGUGGCCUGUAUUUAAAAUACUUCAUUACACAAGAGGGACUGUAUAACUUUCUGGGCCACCUGAGCUACCUGUACCUUAUCUGAUGAUUAUUUUAGCCCACCACUACAUCUCUGCUUUUAUUGAAACAUCAAGAACAAUAAGGUUUCCUGUCUUUUUUCCACGUUUGGCAACUGAAUUUGUGUCAGGAAUCCUCAGUGAAAAGGUAUACAGAUCCUGUGCAGAUGCAGGAGUAGGUAGGUGACGAAGCAGGCAAACAAUCUGAUAAGUAAGGCGAGUCUGUGGUCAAAAGAAGAAAGGUGGUUCGAAAUCCAGGAAGUACAAAUAGUGGCAAACAACCCUAAACGAGAGGCGAGGUCCAAAGUCGAAAGGCAAAAGGGAAGUCCAGAAUCUAGAAGAAUGCGAGAUACAGAAUAAACGCCACGUAGAGCUCUCCAGGAGUAGACUCAAUACUGAGCAGCAGGAAGUGACUUAGGAUGGUUUAAAUAGUGCUGCUUGCUUGCGCUUAUUAUUAACCCGCUGUUGGUACUGGUUCUUUUGUGAGAUGAUCUCCGCUGGCUGGUGGUCGUGACAAUUUGGGUGAAGUUUCAAAAGAAAGUACAUCUUUUUAAUACACCUUGAACAGUUGGAACUGUUUCCUUCGAAAAAGCAUUUUCACUGUGCCCAUGGUAUGGAAUAAAUUAGUACUGCAGUAACAGCAGUAAUAGUAUUAAACAUGCUUUAAGUAUAGUAGGAAUUUCUUGGUUUCAUAGACAUUUUACUAAUAUUCACCUCCCUUGUUUAAAUGAAAUAAACAAUCCCCAUCACCAAACGUUCUCACAUCUGCUUUCAAAUCCAAGCGAAGAAACAUUAACGAAAAGGACAUGCUUUCCUGGGGCAGUGACUCAAAGGAAUAUGGUUUGACUGAGAACAAUGUUGAGGGUAUAAAAAUUGCUUUGCCAAAUUUGCCUGCAGCACUCUCAAGGUGAAGUGUAAAACUGCAGUGCAGACAUCCCAGAUUAUCUUAUUUUUAACUGACAAGCAUGUGACUGAGAAUUGCAAAGUGGCAGUUUGUGUGCAAAGCUUUAAGAAUACUGACAGGGAUGAUGCUUGGUUUUACUCAAUAAAGUCUUUAAAUGUCAA